AUGGCCUCGCAGGAGGUCAGUGCUGUGUGUGCGGGCAUGGGCGUGGGCGUGGGCGUGGGUGCGGGCGCGGGCGCGGGUGCGGGUGCGGGUGCGGGUGCGGGUGCGGGUGCGGGUGCGGGUGCGGGUGCGGGCGUAGCGGUGGGUGACUGGGCGGCUCAGGUGGAGAUAACGUUCCGGAUGGCCUCUCAAGAGGUCAGUGCUCUUUGGGCGGCGCAGCUGCAGGUCACACCCACACGCGCACAUGGCCUCACAAGAGUGCGGUGGGAGCAGGUUCAGCUGCUGUCGAGCCUGGUGACCGUCUUCUACUUUGGAAAGCAGGGAGACGCUGCUCUCGACGAGGUACUCACCACGCUCCUAUGCUGCCGUGCUGCCGUGCUGCCGUGCUGCCGUGCUGCCGUGCUGCCGUGCUCCCUUGCUCCCAUGCUGCCAUGCUUCCUUGCUCCCUUGCUCCCUUUCUCCCUUGCUCCCAUGCUGCCAUGCUCCCUUGCUCCCUUGCUCCCUUUCUCCCUUGCUCCCUUUCUCCCUUGCUCCCAUGCUCCCAUGCUGCCUUGCUCCCUUGCUGCCAGGCUGGCAAAUGGCAAGCGAUGA